AUGUGAUACAAACUCCCUAUCCUAUACAGAAGAGUUGGUUAAAUUUCAUCUAGGAAAAGAAAACUCUCUGUCGAAGAAAAUUCAGCAAAGUGACUGUAACAUCUAAUCAGACUUUGUGAGAAUGGAAAUGACGUAUCAGCCAGCUAUUGUUACCCAGCCACAAAGCCACGUAACAACACGGAGUUUUGAGUGGCAGACUGAUCUUUGUGACUGCGGCAGUGACUGUUGUAUCUGCCUGUGUGGAGCAUUCUGCUUCUGUUGCCUCGGAUGCAAAGUUGCCAAGGACAUGGAGGAAUGCUGUUGCUGUGGGCCAAGUGUUGCCAUGAGGACUCGUUACCGGACUUUGUACAGGAUACCGGGAUCCAUCUGCAAUGACUGCGCCACAGUCACCUUCUGUGCCCCCUGUAAUCUUUGUCAGCUCAAGAGAGAUAUCAACAGGAGGAAACAAUUAGGGAUAUUCUAGAAAGAUGUUCCUGCAUUUGCCAACCCAGAUGUUCCUGAGCCUCUGAACUUGGUGUAUUCCAAAACUUGGUGUUGAGUUUUCCGAUAUGCUGCAGGACAGUCUUCAGAACUAGGUAGAGAUCUGGGGCUCAGUUCAAAGGACCCAGGGGCUUGGACCCUCAGCCACCCUUGAACAAUGCCCCUGGCCAAGAGUCUUCUAGAAUACAGCCGUUUUUGUAAUUAGAACAAUUAUCUCAGUUCUUUGUUUCUGCUCUAAUAAAUGAAUGCUUUAAAAACUGGA